CAUGACAAACUGAUUCUCUUUUGCCCUAAAAGUCCCCUUGGCUUUCACGAACGUCAAAUUUUUUACGGGCAGUUAUUUUCUUAAGAGACAACUUAUUCUGGUUGCGCCCACAGUACUGUCACGGCAGCUGCUACUGAUACGUUCAUUGACAAUGAGCUUCAGCCUUUAAUGUAUAUGUCCGCUAAGUCUUCAUGCGCAUUACCUUCUCUUCCUUCUCUAAACAAAAGCGUGAGGCCUCAGUCUCCUCUGGUGGAUGUUACAAUGAUGCCACCUUCGCGGGGGUCACGGCGGGUCAUGCCGGCCUUGACAUUGACAUUGACGUCUACCUCGACUGCUUCCUCUACGCUGCUGCCUUCUUGAAGAUGAUGGUCGUACUUAGAAUACGUGAGUCUUGA